CUGCCCCCCACCCUCGGAGCGAGGGGCUCCCCCGAAGAGGCUCGGAUCGGGCUCUCUUCUCCCCAGCUCCACAGGAUGGAAGUGAGGCGCCCGGGCAACGGCGGGGGGAGGCUCUGAGCGACAUCCCCAAACACACACUGCCCUUCCCAGGGUUGUGGCUUCCUGGCCUGCCCCAAUCUCGCCCCGCCCCCCAGAGGCCAGAGGACCAUGAGGGUCCUCUAUGGGCACUGCUGCCGCUUCCAGGUGCUGUGGGCUGCCCUGGCUGUCUCCAUGACCAUCGGCUUCACCAUCCAGCUCUUCGGGGUCUCCUUUCAGAAGAGGGCUUCCUUGUCCCAGCUGGCCCCGACCCCCUGGGCUCCCCCUCUGGCCAAAGCGGGACAGGAGCAGGAGGCGGCGGAGGGGCGGCCAGGACCCCGCUGCCAGCCGAGACGCCACCUGGUCUUCCUGAAGAGCCACAAGACGGGCAGCAGCACCAUCGUCAACCUCCUGCACCGCUUUGGGGAUGCCCGGGGUCUGCGCUUUGCCCUCCCCGCCCGCUACCAGUUCAGCUACCCUAACCUCUUCCAGGCACGGCGGGUCAAAGGGUGGCAUCCCGGAGGGCGCCCCUUCAACAUCCUCUGCCACCACAUGCGCUUCAACUUGCCUGAGGUCCAGAAAGUCAUGCCCCCGGACAGCUUCUACUUCUCCAUCGUCAGGCACCCCGUCUCCCUGGCCGAGUCGGCCUUCUCCUACUACCGGGGUGUCGUCCCUGCCUUCCGCCGUGCCGGCACCUUGUCCCAGUUCUUGGCCUCGCCACAGCGCUUCUACCGCCCCGGCGAGAGGGGCAACCACUACGCCCGCAACCUGCUGUGGUUCGACUUUGGCCUGGACCCACCAGCAGCCCCUGGCCUGGCCCCAAUCCAGGCUGCCCUGGCCACACUGGAGCGCACCUUCCACCUGGUCCUGCUGACGGAGCACAUGGACGAGUCGCUGGUGCUCCUGCGCGACGCCCUCUGCUGGGGAGAGGAGGACAUGCUGGCCUUCCGCCACAACUUCCGCAGCCCUGAGUCCAUCCGCCCGCUGGCGCCCGCAGAGGCUGCCCGACUCCAGGCCUGGAACAACCUGGACUGGCACCUCUACACUCACUUUAACCGCAGCUUCUGGGAGCAUGCAGAGCGCUUUGGCCGCGCGCGCCUGGCCCGGGAGGUGGGCGCCCUGCAGCAGCGGCGGGCAGAGCUGAUGCAGCAGUGCCUGCAGGGAGGGGGCCCUCUGGAGGCGAGGCAGAUUGCGGACGAGCGCAUCCGCCCCUUCCAGUUUGGACAGGCCCCCAUCCUGGGCUACGCCCUGAGGUCCAGCCUGGACCCCGAAUGGCAGGCACUGUGCCAACGCAUGGUGACCCCCGAGCUCCAGUACAAGGAUCUUCUGGAUGCCAAGCAGUUUCCUCCACCCCCACAGGGCAACGGCUCUCAGGCCGGCGGGGUGAGGUAGCCCCCCCCCAUGGACCCUGAGCAGUGGCAAGCGGAAGGGGGUGCAAAAAGGCCAACUGGCCCCCAACAGGCUUGGCAUGGGCUGGGUGCUGAAGGCACAGAGGACCUGGGGUGCCAUGAAAAACCUCAUUCUGCCCACAUUUCUGGGAUUCCCAGAAUAAGCUCCCUCUGGCACUGCGCCUUCUAAAGAAG